AUGGCAUUUUAUCGAUGUCCAUAUAUUCUUAGAAGUGAAGAAGUAUGCAAUCGGAGUUGCUAUCAGGAAAAAGAAUAUCUGAUACAUUGGAAUUUACCACCACGCAGUCCAUGCAAAGAAUGCGGCAAGUUAACCUAUUCAAAAUAUGGAACUUGUGAUAUUCACGCUAAGAAGUAUCAGAAAAUGGCACAGUAUCAUCAGAAGAAGAUGACCAACAUAACUCCUACUAUUGAAGUGAAAAUGGGGUUGUCACUAGCUCUAGCUAACCGGAUAACUAGGACAACUAGGACAAGGUCAGAGGUUGUGAUGUCACAGGAUGAAUGGAAUCUGCGACAAAUUUAUCAAACUCUCGUUGAUUUGUUUCACCCACACCAUGAGAAUCUAAGUAGAAUCCAAUCGAUUCUAAGUUGGGGUUUUUCAAUUUCUUCCAAAUUUUGGCUGAAGCCUCCAGCUGAAAUCACCCGAUCAUAUCCUUGGGAAACGGGAUUUCUGGUCUCAGACAAGAAUCCAGACAAGGCCGAUAACCAGCUGGAGAGCAACCAGAGUGGCGGUCAACCACGAUUAGGCAGUAAACAAAUCCACAAGCAAGCUUACUCACGAGCCCACACAAAGGAACCAGACAAGGCCGAAAAUAAGCGAGAGAGCAAAAGGAGCAGGCAAAAUGAAGGCAAUGAGAAAAGCAUCCAGAAGCCUCUAACGCAACCAGAAGGCAGUGGUAAUCAGACCAAAUGGCGAUAA